GGGAGGGAGAGACAUACAGCUCCUGAAAACAGCCCCGACGAUCUGAUUGCAUAGUCAAGCCAACCCCCUCUCUCCCGGAGGUUCCUCUCAGUCACUAAACUGCAUUCUGACUGCAGCUGGGAAACAUUUCAAAGCGGAUCUCCCCGGCGCCAGGCAUGGCCAAGUGGCUGAGAGAUUAUUUAAGUUUCGGGAGCCGCCGUCUCCCCCCACAGCCUCCCAAACCCGACUACACUGAGAGUGAGAUCCUGAAAGCUUACCGAGCCCAGAGGAACCUGGAUUUCGAGGAUCCCUACGAGGAGAGUGAGAGCAGAGGCCGGGCUCCAGACGCCGAACACUCGCUCGGAGUCUCUCCCCAGCACCAGAAACCUGCCAGCCCCGAUAUCAAGUAUGUUUCCCCCAAACACCGCCUCAUUAAAGUGGACAGCACCGAGCUGGGUAACAGGUCAAAAAUACUGAGCGCAGAGGAGUCGAAGACCAAAGCUGAGUCGACUCUGACUGAUGACGAUUAUUCCGAUCCAUUUGAUAUCCGACAUGAAUCCAGAGGAGAGAUGAAUGACAAAGAAGAAGUUGAGAACAAUGGCUACAUGGAGCCAUAUGAAGCGCAGAGAGUUAUAGCAGAGUUCCAGAGAAAAGGAGACAAGAAACAUGGAAAGGGUCUCCAGCUCUAUGACACUCCCUACGAGCCUCAGGAAAAUGAUAUCGAGUCAGACACAGAGAAUGCAGCCAGUCAGAAGGUUCGGGAGAGCCGGCUUCCUCAAGAUGACGAGCGACCUGCUGAUGAAUACGAUCAGCCCUGGGAGUGGAAAAAGGACCACAUCUCGAAAGCUUUCGCAGUCCAGUUUGAUAGCUGUGAUUGGGACCGGUCAUCUCCUUCUGCCAAGGACCGACUGAGACAACAGAAACAGCUCAGCCCAUUGGCUGCAGGCUCAAAAUACAGCAAACCACAGACUCCAGAACAUGGCUCCACGCUGCCUGAGAGGGUGGACCCUACUCUACCAUUAGAGAAACAAGUGUGGUACCAUGGAGCUAUCAGCCGAGCAGAUGCUGAGAAUUUACUCAUGUUGUGUAAGGAGUGCAGUUACCUGGUGAGGAACAGUGAGACGAGCCGGAAUGACUACUCCCUAUCAUUAAGAAGCAGCCAAGGAUACAUGCAUAUGAAGUUCAGCAAAACAAAAGACUGCAAGUACAUUCUCGGCCAGAACAGCCCACCAUUUGACAGUAUUCCAGAGGUUAUAAACCACUACACGAGCCACAAGCUGCCAAUUAAAGGGGCCGAACAUCUCUCUUUGCAGUUUCCUGUGAUGGUGCAAACACUGUGACUGGACCACAGGCAGGCUGCCUGAAACAUGGCAGUGAAAAGGAGAAACAAAGCUGUGUGGGAAUAGCAAAGGAGGCUAAUUUUAAUGGAAUGUCAACAAGAAUUUCAGUUAACCUGGCUUAACAUAGCGAAUUGAAUGCAGCAUGGGCUGUGAUAUGAUUACCAGCCAGAGCUGUUGGCAAAUUCAUUUCCUGGGAUUCUAUUUCAAACAUUGUGGUUGGAUCAUGAAUGUCACUGAACUCACAUGUGUAAGGAUGUGGUCACUCAUUUAACUUGGGAAUAUAUGGAAUUAAUCUUCUUUCUCCCGUGGGUAUCCCACCCCUCUCCUGAAUACAAAACCACAAACACCUGGCAUUCUGUAUACAUCACCCAGAUGGGCAUGUGUGCCAGCCUUCACUGCUGCAUUUUAGCUGUCUGUUUCAUCAUGAGGACAUCAUCGGCAUGGCUUUAUCUGGCAUCUCACGCAGAAAGGGUUCCUGGUUAGUGAUCGGUCUUGCCCCUACCAUCUCCUGGCACAAGGACAUUGAAGCCAGUUAUUAUACCCACCCUAAUUGAGCUUGCCUAAGCUAGCACCAACCUGGGAUUGAAUUUGGGAUUUUUUCCGGUCUUUGUAACUCAGUACAACACUGUACAGUUCUCCAAUCAAAUGAAAUAUUGAGGGUGUA